AUGGGAAGGCAUAUGGUUAAACACACCGUUGAGAAACCCUACAUGUGUGGGGAGUGCGGGUACAAAGCACCUGAAAUGACGAGCUUAUUCCUACAUAUGAGGACCCAUACAGGAGAAAAAACAUUUAACUGUGACAAGUGUGACUAUUCUGCAUCUUUGGAGUCUAAUUUGAACAGGCAUAUUUCAGAAAAACACAACAAACCAACCUCACUGGCACAGACGAGCAUAGGCAAUACGGGAGCCCGCUUGACCAAGCAUAUAGCAGUAAAGCACACUGGCGAGAAACCCUACAUGUGUGGAGAGUGUGGGUACAGGUUGGCUUACACCGGAGAAAAACGCUUAAAGUGUGGCCAAUGUGACUAUGUUGCAGUAAACAAAAGUUACUUCGACAUUCAUACAGUAGAAAAGCACACCAGUAGGAAACCCUACAUAUGUGGGCAGUGUGGGUACAAGGCGACUAACAAGGGCAACAUAGCCAAGCACAAAUCGCAUUUGAACAGACAUAUGGCAACAAAACAUGCUAGUGAGAAACCCUACAUGUGUGGGGAGUGCGGGUACAGGACAGCUGUAAAGCACCUCUUAGCCCAACACAUGUUGAGAACCCAUACAGAAGAGAAAGUCCUCAAAUGCGACCAGUGUGACUAUUCUACAGCACAGAAAUAUCUAUUGAAGAGGCACAUAGCUACAACACACACUGGAGAACAAGCUGGUGAAAAACCCUACAUGUGUGGGGAGUACAGGGCAGAUAAAAAGUCCAUCUUGGUUAAACACAUGAGAAAGCAUACGGGGGAGAAGCCCUACAGAUGUGACCAGUGUGACUAUUCGGCAGCGCUGAAAGGAACUUUAGAGAGGCAUGUAGCAAAAAAACACUAG